AGUAUAUAUUCGAAGUGUUGCUGUUGUCAUCUAGUUAUUGUAUUUGAGUGGUGUAUUUAAUUUAAUGAUAGUGGCUGGCUUAAGGCUCGAUUGAAACCCGACGUAAAUUCAGGGUAUCUACUGUACAUUUCCACACGAAGAGAGGAGAAUUUCCGUAAAUAUAACUGUAGCAAUAAUAUAAGAUGUAUAAGAUUGUCCUGAGCAUUUUAAAUACGUUUCAAAGUAAAAUGAAUACAUGACGACGACACGUAUCAAAUAAUUAACGCAAGACUGUAGGGAUAUGAUAGAUUAUCACUACGUACGUAGCGCUUUGUAUUUUUUGUGUCUGUACGUGGCGUUUCAUUAUUUGCGAUUUUAUUAUAUACUGAUAUCUGGGUGUUGGCGCACUUUUAAACUGAGUGGUAGCCAGACCAUAUUGGAAGUCAUCUGUUGGGCCAUUUAUUCACAUCUUAUCGUCUCAGAAACCAGUUGGGACAGCUUCGAGCUGCUGUGAGAACCACCCUGGCUACCCUCUGCCCUCAUGGCUCUCAGCAGCAGGAGAGAUGCCCCCCAGCCACCGGACUUCUCCUUCCUCAAGAGGCUGGCCAGGGACCAGCUCAUCUACCUGCUGGAGCAGUUACCGGGAAAGAAGGACCUGUUCAUUGAAGCGGACUUAAUGAGCCCAUUGGAUCGCAUUGCCAAUGUCUCCACCCUCAAGCAACAUGAAGUGGACAAGCUUUACAAACUGGAGAACAAACCCAUCGUCAGCACGUGCAAUCAGCUGUGCUUCCUGAUUCGGCCAAGGAUACAAACAGUGAAGUGGAUUGCUGAGAUCGUGAACACAGACAAGGCAGCUGGAAGACUCAGGGGAUACAAGAUCAUCUUCUGCCCACAGAAGUUUUAUGCCUGUGAAAUCGUUUUGGAAGAACAGGGAGUUUACGGAGAUGUCAGCACUGACGAGUGGGCUUUCUACCUCCUGCCGCUGGAUGAUGACAUCAUCAGCCUGGAGCUUCCAGAGAUCUUCAGAGACAAUUUCCUGGAGGGGAACCAGCGUUGGAUCACAACUGCAAGCAAAUCCCUCCACCUCCUGAACUCUCUCUAUGGCCCCUUCUUAAAGGUGUAUGGGAUUGGUCGUUCUGCCAAGAUGACGUAUGAUAUGUGGAGGGAUCUGGUGGAGGACGGGGAGCAGAAGACCCAGCAGCCUGAGAUUGGGAAUGUCUUCCUUAUUGACCGAGAUGUGGAUUUUGUGACCCCACUGUGCUCCCAGGUUGUUUAUGAAGGACUAGUGGAUGAUACAUUCAGGAUCAAAUGUGGCAGUGUGGAGUUCAGUCCUGAGGUCAGCUCCUCUGACAAGAGUGUGAAGGUGAUGCUGAAUUCUCAGGAUAAGGUAUUCAGUGAAAUCAGGAAUGAGCACUUUUCCAAUGUCUUUGGGUUCCUGAGUCAAAAAGCCCGGAACCUGCAAACUGCAUAUGAUAAGCGGUGUGGGAUGGAUAUUAAGCAGAUGAAGAAUUUUGUCUCUCAGGAGCUGAAGGGGUUAAAACAGGAGCACCGCCUUCUGAGUUUGCAUAUCGGUGCCAGUGAGUCCAUCAUGAAGAAGAAAACCAAACAGGACUUUCAGGAGCUCCUGAAGACAGAGCACUCUCUGCUGGAGGGGUUUGAAAUCCGAGAGUGCAUCACCUAUAUAGAGGAGCACAUCAACAGGCAGGUCUCCAUGAUCGACAGCCUGCGACUCUUGUGCCUUCUCUCCCUCACCGAGAAUGGUCUACUCCCCAAAGACUAUCGAUCUUUGAAAGCUCAAUACCUGCAGAGUUACGGCACAGAGCAUCUCCUGACGUUUGCCAACCUGCGCCAGCUGGGCCUGCUGGUGGAGCAGAACCCUGGGGAGACUCUCACUGCCAUGGAGAGCAAAGUGGGCAAACUGGUCAACGACAGGACCGCCGGAAAGCUGACUGAUGCCUUCUCCUCCCUGGCAAAGAAAAGCAAUUUCCGAGCACUGAGCAAGAAGCUGGCUCUGGUGCCCAAGUCAGGCGAAGAGUAUGACCUGCGUACCCCACGGGACAUGGCCUACAUCUUCAGCGGAGCCUACAUCCCCCUCAGCUGCAAACUCAUCGAGCAGGUUCUGGAACGCGGCGGCUGGACUGGGCUGGAAGAAGUCACGCGGCUGCUCAAUGGGAAUGAGUUUGUGGCAACAGCAGGCAGCAGCGAGGAGGUGAAGCCGAGGAGUGACUCCCAGAACACCAUCCUCGUCAUGUUCCUGGGUGGCUGUACCUACUCAGAGAUCUCAGCCCUGCGCUUCCUGGGGAAAGAGAGAGGAUACAGGUUCAUCAUCGUGACAACAGCCAUCACUAACAGUGCCCGACUGCUGGAGGCGUUGUUGGAUAGUUGAGAAUGACUCAUCUACAGCACUUCCAUAAACGGACACCAGGGGCGCUACGACAACAGAACAGUGAUUUCCACGAGAGAAAACUGGGAGCUCAGGCUGCAGAUUAAGAUUCCACAAGGCAUUUCUCUGUAAAAAAACAAUUUCUUCUUUGAUUCUCUUGUUAAUAUAUUGGUAGAAUAUAUAACUAUGAUAUUUAAGCAUUUUUCAUAUCAGAGGAGAGAAGAAAAACUUAAAUCUCUUAAAAAGAUAAGAUUAA